CCCGAGGUUCGCGGUUCGAGCCCCGUCACCAUCGCCGAAUGAACGUGGAAAUCGCCUUGCACCGUCGGAGCGUGCCUAGCCACUGGUCGUGUUAGUGUCGUUGUGUGUUUUUGUGUGUUAGCGGGCUUUGUUGUGGGGAAAUUGUGUCGCGGAAUCGCGGUUUUGUGUUGCAUGAAUGUGCACGAGGAGCCAUGCUGGCAGCAAUUGGGUCCCUGCGUCUACGCAGAGUCAUGUUCCUUCUUCUGACUGGACUCAGCAUAAGUGACGGUCGUUGGGGGAGCGGGGGGCAGCGUGACCGGGGCGGAGGCGGGGGGUCGCCCUACGGGCGCCUCGUCGGGCAGUUCCGGGAGUACGCCCACGGGAUCCAGGGCACCGUCUACGCGGUCGACGAGAACAGCCUCUUCGUCGAGGGCUUCUCCUACGACGGCUCCGCCCCCGACGCCUUCUUCUGGGUCGGCAACACCGACCGCCCCAACCCCAACGGCUUGAUCGUCCCCUACCCCCAGGAAUACAACACCAGGGACCCUCCCGUGCUGCGAUACCACAACAAAGCUAACAUCGUCCUGAAGCUACCCGCCGGCAAGCGGGUCAAAGACAUCAAGUGGCUAUCCGUAUGGUGUAGGAGAUUCACGGUGAACUUCGGGGAGGUGUUCAUCCCGGAGGACUUGGAGCCGCCUCGUCGCCGCGUGCUGCCGGAGUUCAAGCGGCUGGCGCACGGUCUCCGCUCCGGGAACAUCACGAUCCUCGACGCCAAGACCUUCUACAUCCCGAACCUACACUACGACGGUGCAGGGCCCGACGCCUACUUCUGGGUCGGCAACGGCUCCGAGCCCACCUCAUUCGGCGUCAAAGUCCCCAACGAAGUCGGCAGCCUGGAGCCUCUGCGGGGUUACCAAGGCGAGGACAUCGAGAUCCAGCUACCACGCAACAUGACCGUGUACGACAUCGACUGGCUGGCCGUUUGGUGCGUCCAGUACCGGCACAACUUCGGCCACGUCUACAUCCCCCACGACCUGGACGUUCCGCCGGCCCUCGGACAGACCAAAAUCACCCCACCAUGGUGGUAUAGCCCGACGAGUAGCACUACAGCCUCAAGCGGGGGCGGAAGCUGGAACGAAACGGAGCUGAGCAACUGCCGGGAGCUGAUACCAGAUCGCGUCCAAGUCCAGUGGGAAGUCCAGGGCGACUCAUUGCUUGUCCGCGUCGCCGCCAGAAUGGGCGACAGUCACUACGUCGCCUUCGGCCUCAGCGGUGAUGAGAACAGGGCCUCGAUGCUGGGCGCGGACGUAGUGAUCUCGUUCCUGGACCGGGACGCGGGGGCCUUCCGGGCGGUGGACUACUACCUCUCGGCGACGGCCCAGUGCGACGGGGCCAACGGCGUCUGCCCGGACGAGCGGAUCGGCGGCCGCGACGACGUCGAACUCGUCGCCGGCGAACGGCGCAACGGCGUCACCGUCGUCACGUACCGACGCCCCCUCCAGACCAACGAGCCAAUCAACGACCGCCCCGUCCCCCUCGACCGGGAGGUCGUCGUCAUCGCCGCCAUCGGGCCCCUCAACGCCCGCCUCGAGGCCAACGCACACGAGGCUGAGGACAAGACCACAGAUGAUAUCCGGAUAAACUUCGGAUCGCAGAACGAUCAGACGUGCACGUCCUCACUGUUCAAUCAACCAGAGGAAACGCCUGUCGAAGCAUGGCCACCGAUGAAAAUCAUCGACGAGACCGUAUUUACAGCCCGCAUCGGACCCACCGGUGGCAAAAGAGGCUACACACCCAUAACAGGUCAUCCAUCUUGGGGCAUUGCUUGGUACAUUAAUGACAAAAUAAUUCCUGAGCUGUAUGUGAUACGAGGGAAAACAUAUACAUUCAUCAUCGAAGGAGGGAACGACCCCAGUAAUCCGGCCCGAUACCACCCGUUCUACAUCAGUGACAGUGCAGAGGGAGGCUUCGGUCAGAAGAAGGAGAGCGAACAACGAGAGCAGCGUGUGUUCGCAGGAGUAAGCUCCGAUAGUGAGGGCUACCCCGCCCCAAUCGCAG